UGCGUGGUGCCGUUAUUAUGACGGAUCCGUGCCCGCGCGUCGCUGUAUAUCAUAUGUGUCCGGCGAGUCGUGUGGCAGCCCUCUCGCGCUAGCCGAACAUCUCGUCGAGUAAUGGCGCUAAUGCCAGAACGUCAAGGUGUGAUCCGGCAGACAACCAUGACAAGAUGGUAACACGCUGUGGUGCACCGGGAAGCGAUACGUUUCCGCAUACGUGAGCUACGACCGGGGCGGGACGGGCGGAACGGGGAAGUUUGGGCUACGAUGAGUACUGACAGUCAUGAUAAGACGAAAUCCUGCAAAAUACCCGUCAGGAACGAGGAGGAGAACGCGUUCGAUGGCAAGCGGAUUAAAAAGGAGUACAAUGACAUUUGCGUGGAGAAUGGCGACACCGCCUCCACCACCGCCUCGGCCACAGUCGCCACCGUUGUCGCUGCCACUGCCGUCGGCGAGAAGCAACAGCAGUCUUUGCUGCCGUCGCCACCACCACCACCACCACCGCCGCCGCCGCCGCCGCCGUCGACGGUGCCGGCCGGCAGAUCCGUCUCGAAUGGUUUUCAUAGAAAUAAUAGUCGGCUGCAAGAAGUAUUAUCUACGAAAUUCGCAAUGCUAACCAACUAUAGCACUCCCAAGCAGGACAAGUUUCGGGCUAUGAUAGAGGAGGGCAUCAGCGAAGUAGCCAAGGUGCAUGUGCAGGAGAUUAUCGGACAGGUGGAACGACUUAAGAUAGAGGAACAGUUAUUAUUGUACCUGAAACUUCCAUUAUUAUUGACAAAUUCAAGUGGAGUCAUUGAUCCACUGAGGCAGCCAUUAAAUCCAUUAGGGAAUCGUUAUGAAAUUCAUCAGACCAUUAUGUGGAUCAAGACACAUCUAGAAGAAGACCCAGAUGUCUCCUUGCCAAAGCAGGAAGUUUACGAUGAGUACACCGUGUUUUGUACAAGAAAUGCGAUGAAGCCAUUAUCAACGGCGGAUUUCGGAAAAGUCAUGAAACAAGUAUAUCCGCGAGUACGUCCUCGUAGACUGGGUACGCGGGGCAACUCUCGUUACUGUUAUUCGGGCAUGCGUAAGCGAAUUAAAUUGGACCCUCCGACACUGCCAAAGAUAUCUGGCCCUCAAACUGAAGAGCAGUCGGAAGAAAAUAUAAGUGAAGAUAUGUUGGGCUCUGCAUCUGUUCUGAUAAGAGAAUGGGCGGAAAAAUUGUUGGGCCUGAGAUUUUCAAGCUUGAGUGCCUUAGCGCGGUAUCUUGUGGAUAAUCUUUGCGUCGAUAUUCGAUCUUUGGCUGCUGUGUGCAUUCUGUCUGUUCCGGCCGACCCUCCUAAACCUUCGCCUAAUAAAGACCCACUUUCUGGUGUACCGCUUACGCAUAUGAGUGAUAAAGCUGCGAAACUCCGGACGGCUCAAAUACAGUUGCAACGUAAGCUUCAGCAACGAGAAUAUAUUAGGCAUCAUAAACAUCGUCAUCUGGACAAUAUUGCACAGAAUAAAGAAAAGCCAGUCGACAGUAAAGGAAAUAUCGUUAAAGGAUAUAAGAAAGUCAAGUCUAACCAGUCACCUCAAGGUACAAACGUAUCAGCAACAACAGUGGCCACGGAAAAACCUCUGGCGAAGCUGAACUUAUCCAGCAUAGUUUACGACCAGGAAAAGAAAGUAUCGAAAACUAGUAAUCAACACCAACAGCAGCAACAGUCCUGCAAUGUCUCCCUGGAGUCUAACUGUGAUAAUGUAGUGGUACAAUCAGGACAGAGUAAUAGCGAAGACGGACAGAGUAAUAGCAACUCUAGAGUAGUGGCGAACGUGCAGCGUGACGUCAAAGGUAAACAUUCUAGAAAACGUGCCAAUAAUCCAAGCGUAGCACAGCAGGAGCCCAGUCCCGAGAAGCAAACAAAGCUCACAGACGAGAACUUAGAGCAUUCCACUCUUUUACUACCCACGUUAGCGUCUAUCCAACACGCCGGCAAGAUAUCAGUGAUACUAGCCGGCAAUACGAAAUUGAUCAAGUGCAAAACGGUAAGUGAAGCUGCGGAUAAUAGCCAGCCCACGAAAAACUGUGAUAUCGACUCGUUGAGGAGCUGUUCCGCUGUGGGCACGGUGGAUACAUCCUCAGAACUCCUCACGGGGGACCAGAUCCGCCUUUUACAGGAUACGCCAGUCUUGAAAAAUGAGAAGCUCCAAGGCAUCGACACGGAUGCCUUGGACGAUUAUCUGAACGGCGGGAACAAUUCACAGGAGCAGGAGGAAGAGCUGCUGCAGUACUUUCAACAGAGCAGUUCGUCCAGCUCCGACGUGGAGACCGGCGUCGUUGGCUCAGACGCCGAGCAGGUCUCCCGUUCGGACAAAGUGUCGCAGCUACGGCUAAUGUUGCAACAGAAUCUGAAGGCACCGAUCGUCGCCGCCGAACUGCUGCCCGCGACCGUCGUUCGACAGAAUGUCGUCGUCGAGAAGCGAGACCCUUCGCAAAAAUACAAUAUCAUAUUGCCGACGCUUGUUAAUCAUCCAAAUCCGGGUAACAACACGCGCCGUCGUGUCAGCUUCGAGACGAACGUUGUCGAGCAUGUCCAAGAAGCGACCGCACCGGUCGCGAACACCGUGCCGCAAAGCCCGAACACGCGACGCAGGAUAUUCAACUUUACGCCGAUUUCACCGGGACCGCAAUCUCCGAUUAACGGCCGUGCGUCCAAGUCGAGUUCAGCAAACGCGAGUCCGUUUGUGUCACCACGCAACACUCCGGUACCAAGAUCGCGUAGCAAUCUGCAAGCCGGCAACUCGAAGUCACGCGGUCAGAAGAUGCUCGCUCGCUCCAUCUCAUGCGGCGUGCCGUAUACCAGCAAGAACACUGAUACCUUUAUCGUGCCAACUUCUAGUGGGGCGGAAUUCGCUCUUUCGCGACAUGUACCAGUGACAACGAUCAAGUCGACUGAGGUUAUUCCGAAGAUAACUCCAUGCGCAUUUCUGGAUCUGGUGCCUCAGAAACAACUGCUGAUCAAUUACCCGAGCCAGGAGAAUCUACAGGAGAUCAAGAAUGUGUACCAGAAGGAUCAACCGCCUCCGCCUGACCAGGAGAUCACGGAACUCCUUCAUUCUGGCAGAAAUUUAAGCAACGAACAAUUGUUCUUGAACAGGUCGCAGUCGGUGCCGUUACACAGGAUGGUCAAUCCCGCGUCCCUGAUGUCUCCGAUCUCCGCGCAGUAUUGCUUAUCGACAGUGCAGAGUCAGAGUUUCAAUCCGUCAACCAGUAGUUCCGUCGCACCUACGCCAGUGCCGAGUGAAUACAACGACUUUGGUUCCUCCAUCGGGCAGGAAAGCGCGUACUUGUUGGACGACAACUUUAUAUCGGAGCAGCAGUUCCUGAUGACGGACAAGGAGAUCACUUCGGAGAACAUCACUAACAUUCUGACGAUUUUGGACGAAGAGGACCAGCGGGAUCUGCAAAUGCUACCCGUGCAGACAACGGAGGAGACGCUGAACAGCACGAUCGUCCUGGACGUUUUGCCGAACGCGAAUCUAAACAUGUCGGAGGAGGACAUACUGAAUGCGUCGAGCAUCCUCACCGACGCUAGCGGUACGCUGCAAAAGAUUAUUCAGUCGCGAUCCUAUCCGAACACACCACUGCCGGCACAAGUCUCGGUAUUCACACCAUCGUAUACCGAGGACAGCAACGGCUCCAGAUCGUACCCGUCGACGCCACUUCAUACGGUGCAAUCUCAGGAAGUGUAUCAAGAUCCUGGCGAGUCGAUACUCUCCAGUCCCACUCUGAAUUCGCUCAACUUACAGGGCGACGUUGUUGUUAACACCACUGCUAACAACAGCAGCACCGCCGCCGCCGCCACCUCUACUAUCAGCACUACCACAACCACAACCGCGACCAACGCUACUAUCAUCAUCACCGACACCAAUAGCACCACCAUCGCCACCACCGCCAUCACCGCCACCACCGCAACCGCCGCCACUGUUGUCGAUGCUGACGACGUUGACGCCGUCGUCGCUGUUGUCUCCUCUUCCAGCAAUCUCUGCAAAAACGUCGCAGACCUGCUGGACGCGAGCUUCCUCGAAGAAGCCGACACGGAAGCUGACGAUCUAGAUCCUCUCGGUAAUUUCGACGGCCUGCAAGAUGUCGACUCGUUGACACCGCUGUUCAACGACGUCACCGAGCCUAAUCACUGAGAGAGCGUUCUUUACACUCGCACGACGAAGAGUGUGGCGAAAGUGUAGACUGUUUUCGGUCGAGUGGUUUUCACACGCAUACAUACACACUACACACGCACGCACACACACACACACACACACACAUAUAAUUGUAUUAUCUGAUAGAACGUUUUUAGAAUAGAAAAAUAGCAACAGGAUGUAUAAGUGAAUUUUAAUAAGUACUGAAAAAUUAUCCGAUUUUAAGAUAUAGGAUACCUCGAAUAGAUUUAUCGAUGAGUCUAUUACAAUGUUAUUUAAUCGUACGACAGUUUCAAGUAUUUUAGUUAUUAUUUUUUACUACUGAUUGUGUAUAGAUUCUUUGUAAAGGAAAUGAUUUCAGCUUAUAGUAAAUUUAUAUUUUAAAAUAUGCAAUUUACUAUUCAAGCUGUAUCAAUGACUGUUUCAUCGCAAUAAAGGGUAGUAUUGAAAUGUACGAAAUUUGGAAAUUGCAAGAUUUUUACGGAAUUGCAUAUGUUCUUAAAUUAUUAAAGAUUAUAUAAGUAUAUAUGUGAUACAUACCUGUGUGAGAGCGAAUGUUUGUAUAUGUAUCUUUAUUACAUUGUAUCACUCUUUUUAUGAAACAUCAAAUGCAUAUUUCUUUUCAUAAGUGCGGAUAGUGCAAUUCAGUGCACUUAUAAAGAAUAUCCCUUAUAUCAGA